AUGCUGAGAAUUCUGCCACACGUCCCCCCUCUACUUUCCGACCAUCGAAUGGGAAGUAAAGAAAAGCAACGCUGUGGAAGAAACUCAAAUGAUACCCAGCAAGGAAACAAACGCAAGCAUCGUGAAAUCAAACCACGAAGUAUCCGCAGUCCCACGAUUUUCAGGUCUUAA